AUGUCGUCCCCCAACACAAUAGAUACGCUCACAAGCGCUCUGGUCGCUAGAUACCUGCGAACCAACAAUUAUACGGAGACUUUGCAGGCCCUUAUCCGAGAGGCAGAGCUUGAACCAGACGUGGGGCAAUCUUCGGGCGAUGACACGAACGGCUGGACUAUUCAAAAUCUACUAGAGGAGAAAAGAGCCUUUGACCACAGCGUGAACUUUGAACGAUAUGGCCAGAGCAAAGAGCCGGAUAAUCUUUGGAGUACUCCAGCACCAUCUACACCAACGAUUGUAGAAACACCGACAUCAUCAAAUCUUCUCGCUGCCUCAGUAGAGGUGUGGCAGAAGCCCCAAGAUGACGAGAAUAGUACAGGUCAGCCGUUCAUCAUCUCUACGGGUGCAGACCGACGGGUUCACCUGUUGAAAACCGAAGUUGGCAACCCAGCAUUUGCCUCUUUCUCUGGGCUGUCUGACUCGCCCGUACUUUCGUAUGUGAUCCUCCAAGGUCGAUACAUUCUCAUGACCAACAUGUCUGGGCAUUUACUGCUUCAGGAUGGGGCGCAUGUCCUAGAUACUCGCAAAGACCAUAUGAAAUACGCUGUAAAGGUUGUGGCCUACGAAGAACAGGGUGAUUCUAAUUCACCGAAGAAAAUCUGGCUUGCAACUGCUGGAUGGGAUGCAAAAAUCUUAAUAUAUCAGAUCUCUAUCCCCGCUGGAGAAAGUGAUACGUCCUCUAUUGUGAUCGGAGAACCUGUUGCAUGCAUCAAAACAACUACCAACCCAGAGUCCCUGCUUUUUGUACGCCAUAUCAAUUCAGACGAGCUGCUGCUGCUUGUUUCACGUCGUGAUUCAACCCAUAUCUACUAUUACCAAGUAGAAUACCCGUCAAAGACUGAUAACGACUCAAUCCAAGGAUCAUCUGUACCUGAGUGUGAUCUACUCGGACGUCAGAACCUGGCACCUCACUCUAACACCUGGGUUGCUUUCUCGCCGGCGUAUAUGGCACUGAGCCCCCAUGACCGCGGGCUACUGGCGGUUGCUACUUCCACUUUACCACACCUGAAGGUGAUGAUUGUGCGGCUAUUAUUCCCAAGCAAGACUUUGGUUACCGACGCAGUUUCAGAGCCAGUGACGCAGGCUUCGCAGGCCUUAGAGGCCUUGCAGCUACACAACCGCGAGGAUGCGGCCAUCUUAGUACAGGCCAAUACAUUUGCACCACAAACCGAGUACUCCACGCCACAGGUGGCUUGGCGGCCGGACGGAUCUGGAGUUUGGGUUAAUGGCGAUGACGGCGUUAUUCGAGGUAUUGAGACCAAGACGGGCAAAUUGAUUGCCACGCUGAAGGAUGGCCAUGAGCCGGGAUGUAAGGUACGGACUAUCUGGGCGGGAUACGUCAAUGUCAAUGGGAAUGAAGCGGAGCAAGAGGAGUGGAUGAUCAGUGGUGGAUUUGACAAGAAAUUGAUCGUUUGGAAAGUAUAA